CCGAGAUGAUCCGUUUCAGAUGGUAUUUAAGCCUCAGUACAGAUCAGAAAUGCUAGUAGUUUCAAUCAGUAUCAGACCACACUAAUACCUCCUAGCAAUAUGGCGAAGUUCUUGAUAAUCAUGACGACUUUGAUGGCUGCGGCCCUAGCCUACCCUGGUUACGGUUCCAGCGGGUACGGUAGCCACGGAAGCGGCGGCUUUGGCGGCAGCCAAGGCGGCUUCGGAAGCCAAGGGGGAUUCGGUGGAGGUAGCCAGCACGGAGGUGGUUCCGUUGGAGGUAGCCACGGAGGUGGUUUCGGAAGCGGUAGCCACGGCGGUGGUUUCGGCAGCGGUAGCCACGGAGGUGGCUUCGGCAGCGGCAGCCAAGGAGGCGGUUUCGGCAGCGGUAGCAGCAGCUACGGUGGCCACGGAGGUCAUGGCAGUCAUCACCUCUCUGGGCUAGAUAGUGGAUACGGCCAGGGACAGGGCAGUAUCAGUGGCAGCCAGCAGGGAGGUUUCGGUGGAAGUCACGGAAGUCAAGGAGGUUUCGGAGGCGGUAGCCACGGAGGUCAAGGAGGUUUUGGAGGCGGUAGCCACGGAGGUCAAGGAGGCUUCGGAGGAGGAAGCCACGGAAGUCACGGCGGUAUUGGUGGUAGCCACGGUAGCGGCGGAUACGGACAUAAAUAUUAAGUAUGUAUCUUAUUUGAUUUGUGUAGGUACAUUGCCUAAUGUAAAAACGUAAAAAUUGUGAUAUUGACUCCCAAACCAGGAAUAAUUUUUUCAUCUCUCCUGUUCGGACAGUUCACCUUUCAUAGGCUGAUAGCCGGGUGGAAAAUUGCUUUUCCCACCCUAGGGUGGAAAGUAAUUCUAAUAUUAAUAUGCCUGGCAAAACUUUACAUUUUUCGAAUUGUUCAAAUUUUACCGUAAUCUUCAACUAUUUUAAUUUCAUUGUUGUUAUGUGGUUUACCUAUAAUUUCAUCUAAAGAAAUAUACUUACCAAUAAUAAACAAUUUGUUUAAUAAUUUGUUCUAAAGAAAUAUAUGUACUUACCAAUAAUAAACCUACAUUUUUUGUGUUUGACUUUCCUCAUAGUCGAAAUGAAAAGUAGUGUUUAACUCGGGUAAAAGUAACCAUCUCUCUUCAUUCAAGCGCCAAAAUAUCUCGGGUGAAAUGGUUCACUUUCGACCCUUGGUUAACAAUCUACUAUUACGGAAUUGAAUAUAUUUCAUUUGUAAUUAAAUCACUUUAGGCGCACGCAUGAAACUACCUAAAGGACUGUAGUACUUACCCUGCAGAUUGCGUUUUAUUGUUUUUCUUAGUAACGAUUGUUAGAACAGGUUACAGGCCUUUAUUACCUAUAAAACGCGGCCUAGGUGUUAAACCACGGUGAAAUAAAUGCAGUUAGAAAUCAUCGUAAAUGUUUCAAAUUACCUAUUUACUUAUAUAGGAGAUAGGUACGUAGGUAUAUAUCGUCAGGUGACAACCAAAACCUACUAAUUAUAAAAAAAAUAAUUAAACAAACAAAAAUCAACCUUAUGGCUAUGAACUUGUAGUAGUAGUAAAUUAGUGAGUUUUGGUUGACACCUGACGAUAUACAGGUUGGCUAAAAAAAAGUGCAUUCCUGUUACCAGGGAGGUUUUGGGAUUGUAUUAUACUGAGCAACGUUUACUAUGGGACCAGCCACGAAAUCGCGAAACAAAAAUUUACCCUCCCAUAGAAAAUGGACCAGCCAAAAUUAAAUGAAUGAGGAUUUUCAAGCAGCACCUUUUUUAAUGAUUUGUGAACAUCAAACUACAUAAUAAAAAUACAAUCAUAAUAAAUAUAACGUUAAGUUGUUUGUGAGUUUCAGCAUUAUAUAUUCCACCGUACCUAUAUUUUGUUGAACAGCGUUUUCUAAUAAUCUUCACUCGCUUCCUGCUACAAUGCUACAAUUGUAUUUAUAUUUUAACACGUUUUAAGCUCAAUAGAAUGUCUUCUUACCAAAAAAAUACUUGGUUUAACACUUUUCUACUGGCGGUAGUCAGGAAGACUUUCUAUUCCAAGCACUGAGUGCUGUUUUUAUAUGGGAGGCAUUUUUCUGUAAAAAAAAGCAAAUACACGAUAAUUAAAAAAACCGUCGAACUAUACCUCAAUCUGAAGUCGACUAGAAAAAUGUUAGCUAUUGUGAAAAGACGAUGUAAUAGGGUAUAAUUUGAAAUAUCAAGUUCAAAAUAAAAUAAAAUAAAUUUACAGGAAAAUUUGGUAAAUAAUACUGUCCGAAGACGCUGUUCAAAAAAACAUAGGUAUUAUAUGGUGGAAUAUAUAAUGCUGAAACUCACAAACAGUUUAACGUUAUAUUAAAUAUGAUUGUACUUUUAUUAUAAUUAGAUUAGAUAUAUUUAUUUCUUAAAGAAAAAGGCACAGGCUGAGGAGUAUUCAAUGCAGUCGCUAUCCAUAACUAUUUUUAUCGCCUGUCACCAUGCCUGUCACAUUCUUACAAUUAUGUAAGUGCGAAAGUGACAGACAUAGUGACAGGCGAUAAAAAUGCAACCAUGCUUUAUUUUAUUUUUAUUUUAUUGGUAUUAAGGAUAACAACAGCCGUAAAUAUAACUAAGACAUAAUUAUGUUUACAUAAAACAAGGCCAAUAACAGUCAUCCAUUAACAGUCAUCCAUGCUGCCACCACAGGAGAGACAAGAUAUGUUCCACAACUGAUAAACUCACUGUGAGGGGUCAAACAACGUUGAUAUCCCAUCCAUGUGCGCUGAUAACAAGAUUAGAACACAAUAUUUUAACAUAUUUAUGUACCCACGAUAACAUUGCUUCACCGCGCGUGUCGACACAUAACAGCCGAUAACUAGUUUAAAUUUACUCACUAACCUGUCAGACUAAUUCUACUAAAGUACCUUACAUAAAUAGGUUUUACCAAAGUAUAAAACUCCCGUGAGACUCAAACAUAUUAGAUUAUUUUAAUAAUACGUGAGUGAUCCGCUUUAAAAAAAUCUAAUAGGUUUUACCAAAGAUUCAUUAAAUGACCGUUUUGAAUGAUUCACGGUUAGUUUCUCUAGACUUAUAUCGACCAGAAUAUGGAACGUGAUUACCUUUUGUAUUGUUUAACCUUUUGGACGCCAAUGACGGAUAUAUCGGCGCCGCAGGUUCAACGCCAAAGACGGAUUAAUCGGUCAAAGACCGCAGAGCAACAUAGACCUACGUGCAUGUGCGUAAAGUUCACUUUCAGUUUUAACAUUUCGGUGACGUGGCGUCAGAGUGACAGCGGUGGUGUUUGACACGGCGUCGAAAAGGUUAAGGUAAUCACGGUCCAUAUAUCCCGGUCGAUAAGUUCAUUGAUUGUAUUAGAUGUCAUUAGAUGUGUAAUUAACGAAUUAGACAACUAAAGUAGAUGGCGCGUAUAUUACGGUACAGUCACCAACAGAUAUAUCGGAGCGGCCAAGGUGUACCUUGGACGUACCUAAACAGUUGACGUUCAAAAUCCAGUGAUCACAAAUCACAUGGCGCCUUAAAUCGCCACUCUACAGCUGUCUUUAUCUUAUCUUUCGGUUUACACUAGUCAGUUAACACGUUGGCUGCCGUGAACAUCACCUCUCCUCCUCUCCCUCUUACCUCUACCUCUUAAUUAACCUCAGUAAUAGUCCGAUGUUGAGAGCAUCACCGGUGGGAUCACUAUUAAAUUUGUAUGGGGCUGGGGCGUGGAAGCAAGACCCAACAUACAGCCAACGUGUUAAGAUUGUUCUUGUUCGUAUAUCUAUAGGAUUGAAACAAGCACUAUUUAGUAAAACGCAAAGUAGUAAAACAAUAGUUUAUUAUUUUAGACAUACUUCUUUCUAUCUGCAAAACGUCAUUUCCUCUGACCUAUUACAACAAUGAAUUUACUCGUAACGUCGUUCGAUCAACUAAACGCAAUUCAAUUUCAAGCACGCCUUUAAUAAAUGUAUGAUAUCGUGGUGCAAGUGUCAUACCAGCCAAAGGAACUUGCGUCCUUUAAAACGGGAGGUGCGUGCACUUUCCCUGAGAUUAGGGCAAGUACCUAUCUCUUAUUCGCUAGUUUUAGAGGUGUUAGCCGGAGGCACUUGCUCCACCAGACUUGUCGCAUGAGAAAAUCUACUUUUUAUUAGAAAAAUACACGUCCAUAGUGCGUUGACCGCCAUACAUGACCGCUAUGUUAUGUUUACACUGUGCAUAGGAUUUAACGCAGAUACUAAUCUGCAGUGGCUCCUACGGGUAUGUCCUGUUAGCAACGUUUUAGCCAGAUUAAAGUAGUAAACAGGUUUUUUUUAAUAUAUUGUCUAACGUACGUUUUAAAUAAAAGUGGCUUGGAUCGACAUAACAAAUAGUAUGCACUCGGAGCGAUAUACAGGCCGUAUUAAGCUAACUCUUUGUCCAUGACAACUUGGUGAAGACAGCUUAAGAUGGUAUCUGUCCAAUAUCUUGGUAAUUUGAUAGGUGGAACACCACCCUUAAACGGACUAAGUGUAAACUUUACCUUAUAAACAACCUUGAAAAUUAUGUAUUUUGCAUUUAUUUUAAUUUAGAAUUAGAAAAUGAAAAUCUAUAGUUUUAUGCAUUACUUUAUCUGUGCUUCAAUUGUAGUUGCCAAUAGAACAUAUCCGGCAUGAGAACCUCUACUCGCCUAAAGGCAUAAUAGUUAUUUUGUAUAAAACGUGAUGAUAAAAUUACAUUUAGUGUUUAACAAUAUUUAUGCACCCUCAAAAUGAUGUUACGUUACCCCAUUAUUAUUAUUAUUAACCCGGAAAUAGGGCGAAAAACCGCACAUAUUGGUAGUAAAAGUGUGUUAGUUAUCAGGGACCAUUAGGGCCACUUGCACCAGCCCACUAACCCGGGGUUAACCGGUUAAACCUGGAGUUACCAUGGUUACCAGUACAAUUUGACACUGGGUUAACUGUUUAAUCGGUUAACCCCGGGUAAGUGGGAUAGUGCAAGUGGCGCUUAGUAACAAUACCGGUUUUCAUGAAAUAAACACAAUACCGAAUACAGAAGACAAUAUUAAAUACCGGUUUCGUUAAAUUUAGAUUAUCGUCCAAUGUUUGGAUGAAUCAAAAAAAUAUUUAGAUGACAUUAAUAAGUAUCGGAUUAUUCGAUUAAAAAACAAAUCUUCUUUAAUAGACACCGAAUAUAAAACCGGUUUAAUAGUAGGCUCUUUAUUGUAAAAAAAAACCAUAUAAUACAAGUAACUUACAAGUAGGAAAAACUAAGUAUAAGCUAAGCUAAGUUAAGGCGAACUUAUCCCUUUACCGGUUAAUUAAGAUAAGAAUUCGGUCCCUGGUCAAAACCGCUACCUUCUGUAUUUCUUUUUUAUAAUUUUUUUACGUUGUCUAAGACUUUAAAAUAAAUACUUCAUCUUGCUACCUCUAUGUGCGUUAAUUCACCCUGUUCCUGGGCACUAAUUAUUAGCAACAGUUUAUUAGGUACGCUAAUAGAUUAAUCAUCUUUAACAUAUUAGAAAAUGCGCUCUAAAUAAAUAUACUUUAAAAUCUACUAUUUACAAAUUCUAACAGUUAUAUACACAGAUCAAUAAUUUAUUAAAAACAAAAAUAAAAGCAUUAUCUAAUCUCCAACUAACAUUAAAGCAUUUUAGAAGGCGAAUAAACGAACACUAUUAUUACAGUAAUAUUAUGAUAGCUGAGACUAGUACAUAAUACAAACUAUCAAUUUCCGAAAGUCGCAUGCCUCAUCUGUUGUGUGAAGAGACUAUGUAGAGCACUUAGCUGUAAAUGUUUUGCCCUUUUGGUGGCACCAUCUACAAGAAUUACGAGGCACAAGACAUAGUUUGGAAGGUGAUAGUUCUUAAUGAAUACUUGUCUCUAAUGAUAGCUUAUCGCAAUAUAAACAAUCGUAAUGUUGUUCUUCUGAAUAUUCCAAUAGUUCUAUCAUAUCGUGACUUUCGGUUAAAUAAUAAUCGUAUAACAUCAAAUGUCUAGUUUUAUAAUUUAUAUUCGUUUACCCUGUAUUAAAUAAAUGAAAUAAAUACUUUUUUUU